AUGGCUAGCAAUAAUAAUACUGCUAUAAAACAGUGCAUUGAAUCUGAAGUAGUUGAUGAGGUAACAAUAACAAAUGCUAAUGCAAUUAUUAUGCAUACGUUACUCGUUAUGUGCUUCUUCUCCGCAUGUCUUCAAGUAAUUGUUAUCAUUAAUGCCUUACGAUAUAUUCGUAAACAUGCAAGCGAAUGUUACAUGCAUAUUUUUCUACUCAAUAUGACAUUGGCUGACCUUCUCUUAACCGGUAUUGCAUUACCAAUGGAAUUUUUGAUUGAUAUUGAUACGAUAACGUUACAAUUCCCGUAUCGUAUCAAUCUGAUGAUGCACUUCCUUCUUUGGCUUGGUACUUCCGUAUCCGGACUAAAUUUGGUGCUUUUAAAUGUUGAUAAGCUCAUUUUUUUCAAAUUUCCUCUAAGAUAUUCUGAAUUGAUGACACGAAAUCGAGCAUAUCUAAUGGCGUUUGCAACCUGGUUUAUUAGUGUCAUCUUCAUUUAUCUGGCAUUUUACACUCGAGCAUUAAUUUGUCGCUAUAAUUGCGAACGUCUUACCACUGAUAAUAGUCGCUAUGGUCCAUUAAUGUAUUUAUUCUUUACAUUUUUCGUUUCCGCUUUUCCGGCUCUCUCAUCUUUUAUGGUUGCACUUUAUCUGUUACGAAUUGUUAAUAUUCAUAGGAAACAAAUCGCUGAGGAGCAGAAAUUAUGCAUCGCAAACGGUAUAUGUCGGAAAAAUAACGCUAUGAAAUCUGGAAUGCGUACAUUUUAUUUCAUCUUCAUUUCAACCUUUUUCACUAUUUUAACGCUAACACCGUAUCGUUUGGUUACACUCUACAGGACAAUAAUUGACAAAGAUACUGUAAUCCGGACAUGUAGUAGUGUCUUUAUCAGUAUACUUACCUAUUAUGCAAUGAAUCUAAAUCCGAUUCUCAAUCCGCUAUUAACAGUAACCAUAUUACCGCAAUAUCGUUUAUAUUGCUUAAAUUUCCUUAUACCUCUUCGGCUAAGAAAUAGUCAUGACGAGAUAUUCGACAAAUAA